UAUUUCGCCAUCCCUUUCCAACUUCCAUAGUUACUGCACGGUCAACAUAAGUCAGCGUCUUCAUUUAGUUAGUCGUUGGCGUGCUAAUCGUUUACGUCAUCAUCGUUUUCAUGAUUGGCCACUUGGAAGAAGACUCGAUUGUAACUAAUAUAACCAUCUAGGCUACUUUUUUGUAUAAUAAGGUUGAAUUACUCACAUUGAAGUUAUCUUUUGUCUUUUCUGGUCAGAUGAAUUCUCUCUUUAAAUUCUUUGUAGAAAAGCCUCUAUAACCCAUAAUGCGGAUCCAAAGAAUACGUGUUUACUGCCUAUAGUAGAUUUAAAACCUUCAAGACACAAUAAACCAUUUUACAGUUGUGGGCUUAGUAUCCGAGCUUUUAAGUGAACGCGAGGCUGAGGUUGACCUUGUUUUUAUUUAAAACCUGCUUCCCUUCUGAAAAUUAUGCUUGAAGAUACCCGUUAGCAUGAGAAGAACAUGAUUUACAUAAUAAAUCAUAAGGGUCUGUAUCAAAACAAGGUCAACUUCAACCUCGUUUUAUUUCCUUCUGUAACUGUAAAAUGGGCUAUUGUUAUACAAUAGUGUAAGAAGAGUGUUGUAAGAAAAGGCCAGAGAAAUCAGGCCAACUUUAGGACCAAAAUUCAGCAAAAGGUUCGUGUUCGAAUUUCCUCGACAGGAGUUUGUUAAACACAAAAUUUAGAGGUGUUCAAUGUUUGUACAUAAUAUACUUUCAUAUUUUUUCAAUAUGAAAGAAAAAUGUUUAGCCUUGUAGCUAAUCUUAACUUAAUUGCAGCUUGUGAGCCCAACCCUUGCCUACACGGAGGAAAAUGCUUCGAGGAGCCUGAAACUGAUGAUCGUUACCGAUGCGAAUGCAUUUCAGGAUACUAUGGGAAAAAAUGCGAAAGUAAAUGAAACUAUUAGAUUCACAUCUUCAAGCUGAUUUAUUAUUCAUUCUUUAAUCACAAUUGCCUUGUUAGAUGUAGCCUCCCCCGCAAGACGUUCCUUUGGCUCGUCAUGCAAUUCACCUCGUGGGGCAGGAACGCGUGACGAACCCCUAAGAACGUUCGCGGGGGAGCCUAUGUUUGAUGUGUUCAAAAGUUGUUCCUCCCUUCCCCAAUUAUCGACUGUGCAAUUAAGCCACCUUAAACAAUAAAUAUUCUUUUACUAAGUGGGCUUAACAAAAGCAUUUACACACGGCCGAGCAAUGGCAUGAUUUUUUUUAUUGAGCCACAAUGAUUUGACGCAAUAUUUGAGAGCGCAUAUUGGACACUUAACAUUUUACAGAUCAAGACUUGCAAGGGGACGGUUUAAUCUCAACGUACAAGUGCUGCAUUUUCUCCUCUUAUUAAGAAGACUAAUCGCCAUAGCUUAAUCGUGUCCAUUGGAGUUUGACAUUUCAAAUAUAUUGGAAUUCAAAGUCAAUCUCACAUCGAAGGGUUAAAACAGGGCACACUCCAUAUCUCCAUAAAGAAAAAGUGUGGUUUCUUGCCAGUAAAUUUUUGUUGUGAUAUCUUUUUUACCACGAUUAUUUAAAGACACUUUAAUGCUUUUUCUUUUCAUAAUCUCUUCUUUCCUUAAUACAGAUAUGCCAGAUGGUCAUUGUUCCAAUAAGAUUUCGUUGUUUCGCUAAGGAAUUCAAUUCACUAGACAAUUCCAAGGUUUUUUUCAACUUUUGACAUGAACCAGUUAGGGAAAAUCCGUCAGCACCACCGGAAAAAAGCGCCCUAAAAAUUAAUAAAACUCCAAGUUUGAAGAUCACUUUCAAACUUAGCAGUUUUAUUGAUUUAAUGGCACUCUUUCCAGUGCAUCGGAGUAGCGAGUGGAGUUGACGGAUUUUCCCUUACUUGUCCAUGUCAAAAAAUGGAAAAACAAAAAAGAACAGUGGAAAGUCUAACGCUGCUGAUGUUGUCCAGGGUAAAAAUUUCCUCGUUAUUUCACUAAUUAUUUGUAUUCUUUUCUAUCUUUUUUGCGUGCUUUAUCUCCGCUUGUCAUGUACCCUCAGCAAGAGUACCAGGUAGGAAAAUAUUAUCAAGCAUCUGUUUUGCUAUUCUUAUUGUUUAUUAUAUUGACCUAUCAGGCAAAUAAUUUAUAUCCCCAUUUAAGACUGAUAGAAAUUUAAAUGAGAGAAAUGAUUCAGCAUUUGGAUAACAUCUCAAUAUUGUUUCAAUUCAAGCGCCUGUCAUCAUCAUCAUCAUCAUCAUCAUCAUUAUCGUCAUCAUCAUCAUCCUUGUCAGUAUCAUCAUUGUCCUUGUCCUUGUUGUAGUCGUCGUCGUCAGCAUCAUCACAAUUAUCGUCAUCGUAUCCAAUCUAACAACUUAGGAAAUAACUUUUUUGCAGCGUGUGACCCCAACCCCUGUCUUCAUGGAGGAACUUGCCAUGAAAGGCCUGGCGAACCCGAAGGAUUUAUUUGCGAAUGUCCCCAACAUUUCUUUGGACUGAAAUGUGAAAAUGUCAGCAAGGGUACGGUACUGAUUUACCAUUCUAGUAUACACAAUGUUGAUAGCUAUUUUUUCUCAAAUUAUUAUUUUAGUGUAUCACAGAUUAUAGAGCAAAAUUCAGCCUUUUCCUUUUAGUUAAAACGGCCUCUUAAAUCAUUCUGUUGAGUACUCAGGACUUACCAAUUUCCACUCUCUCUUCUUAAUUACAACUAAAAGUUGGCGAUUUAGCAAUCUUGAAAAGAUUCACAACCUUCAAUAAAAUGAAAUUUAAUUAAAAAAACAUUAUCCUGCCAUAUAAUUCAGGGAUACUUUUGUUCUGUCGUGAUAAAACUCUAAAUAGAAACAUCAUUUUUACAUUGGCUUUUCUUUUUUAUUUCUUCUUUAAAUUUUCACAGCUCAACCACAAACACCGCUUCCAGAUAUUAGUAAGUAUUUAGUAACUUUUUAGGAAAAGUUAUCAUUUAAUUGCAGUUAUCAUUGUUGCUACUUGAAACUUGCCCAACAAAAGAUUCUUUUGAAAAGUACGCUGACGAGAGUAGUUUUUACCGUGGAAUAAAUAAAGCUGAAUGAAAAUAAAAUGCAGGAAUUAAAGAGUUCAGUGUUAAAAUUAAAGAGGUGCCUUGUUCAGGCUCCGACCCUCAGAAGAGAUGUGUGACACCUAGAUCACGGAACCCUCGGAUAAAUCAGUCCAUUAAUUUUAAGCUGCUGUAAUGAUGUUACCCUUUUCUAGUAUAGGCAAGGCAUUAAAAAUCCUUACCUUAUCACAACUAAUCAGAAACUCCUAUCAUCAUACCACUGAUCAAUUCCCCAUUGAUAAUAUCAUGUUUUAGACCGGAACCCUCUGAUUUCUACACCCUAUCCAAAACAUUGAAGGGUCCAGAGGAAUUUUUUUUUUUUUUGUAUAUUUACCACCUUAGGGAUAGAGAAUCGGACGCUAACCCGUCGUUAGAGCAAAUCAAUUCGAUUCUUGGUCCCAGAUUGAACUUCUUGAAUUAUCUACCCCUCACAGCCAGCAGAUACCACUUAUUUAAUUGGCCCAUAUAUGGAAAACACAAACAUUUGUUUCCUCAUAUGCGAUAUAUUUCAUCGGUCGGUGAGAACGAUGAUUUUAUGUCGCAAGUGUUUCUGAUAAAGAUAAUAUUUUGCAGAACAAUUUCGCCAUCAUCUUCUUAACGAAAUAAACUAUUUCCGAAGACUUCACCAGUCCACAGACGUAUUAGCUAGCGACAAACUGAAUCAUCUAGCGGAUGAAUGGGCGCACAAAAUCGCCUCCGAAGGAGAGGCCAAGAUUAACCCCGACUCUGAGUAUGGGCAACUGGUGUGCAUGCACCAUCCAGGAGGUGAUAUGGCGAAGGCGUGUACCGUCAAAUGGUAUAGUACCGUUAGCUUUUAUGACUGGGCUGACCCCAAGUUGACACUGAAAUCGUCACCAUUCACGCAGUUGGUUUGGAAGAACAACGCUCUUGCGGGCGUUGGACUUGCAAGGGGAAACGGUGCAAACAAAAGGGAGAAUAUUGAAGGCAACUAUGCUGAUGAUAACGUUUAUAACUACGUUGUGGUUUUCUUUGAUCCUGGACAAAACGCAGGAGGCGACGUCCGAGAAAACGUUUUACCUGCAGCAGGUUAGUGUUGGUCAUGAUUGUAGUUUGUUAAAAAUGCAUGAUUGUUUGCUGAUAAUCAGGUUUAAAUCACAAGUUGCAGUCUAGUGUUGAUCAGCAUGAUCAUUUAUUCGAUCGUUUAUUGAACGGCGUCAAAGACAUCUGUUGGGCUUUUAAUUUUUUUAAAAAAUUCUCUCUGACUUUUUUUUACUUUUCCCCCUAGAUAAUGGGAGAAAAAUACAUGAUAUUACUAUCCUUUAUAUUUACUCUUUGAAUUAGAUGUACUAAUGAGUUUUUUAAACGACGCAAACUAUAAACUUCUAGAAAGAAAUCAAUAUAAGUUUUGGAUUUCUUUUUCCCACAGAACAAUACAUUUCCCUAACUUUGACAUUUACCCCUCAUGCUACUUCUCCUCUGUUUCCCAGAAUGACUAGCAUCCAUUUUUUCUUGAAAUAUCACUGCUUAAUCAAAUGCUCUUGAGAAAAAAGGGAGUGAGCAACUAGUAAAAUGUCCCUUGACUGUAAAAUGUGCCUCAUAACAGAAUCUUUUUGCCGAACUAAGGUGACUCACAUUUAAUUUAAGGGUAGCAAAAAUUUAAAAUGCUGGACCGAUGCUGGACUCCACUUCUUUUUUUUUUUGUUCCCUAUAUAGACUUUUUAUCACUCUAUUUAACCUUUGUUUUCAGGACUCUCUGAACCAUCGUCAGACGGUGAGUGUAUCUGCAAACAUAGACAAUCUUAGCAGAUAGUAUUUUAAAACAAUUGAUCUUAUCGCAAUUUUUUUAAAUUUCAUAUGCUAUGCGGUUUACAAUAUCUAAUUCAUAGCUGCUCCUGUUGAUUACUCGAUGUUGUCUUUAUCAGAAGAAAUGGAUUUCACUAGUAAGCGUAUUUGUAACCCUGGUCAGGGUCAUCCCGCCUUAGGGCUGACUGGAUCACCCUGAGACAAAAAAUAAACUAAAAAGGUGUAUCUUAGUUUUUCUCAACUAAACUAAACUCAACUAACUGUCCAUCUUGAAAGAAGUGUCCGCCUCAUAGAGAAUCAACUGGAAAAUAACUGAGGAAUAUAAAGGACCAAAAUCGAGGCUAGUUAAUUAUCAUAAUCAUUACUAUAAUUAUUGUUUUCGAAAGAUAAAAUUAAUCUAGGUUAAGGUGUUUAACUUUGGAGCCCUUAAUACACACCGUUCCUUAUUCAGGUACGGGUAAAUAUCCCGUACCCGUAGCCCGGGGUAAGUAAGGGUAGAUUGCCUCUUAUCCCGGAGGAACGGCUAGGUUACCUGGUAGAACGAUUAUGCCAUUAUCACAUCUGGGAAAUCAUGGUCACCUUUUAAGCAUAUAUAACUACUUGGGAAACAUGUUCGCCCACCUGUACCCUUAGACAGAAACGGUGUAUGCUUAAAGUCCCCUCAGGCAAAUAAACGUUCCCUUUCUUAGUGUUGAAUCUGAUAAGUACCGAGGUACCCCAAAGUGUAAUAUGCGCUCUACAUCCUUGGAGAUUGUCACCUAUAGUUCUAGUCGAGUCGUUUAGAAACUAUGCUUAAUUUUUACUUCUUUUGCUGUUUGUCUUUUUAUUAAGCCGCCUGUCCUGAUGGCUACUACAGACUUCCAUAUGGAAGUAGGUCAUGCUUUUCCGUGCACGAUACCCCCCAGUCUUGGAUCCGUGCUGUUAUUGAUUGUGCACGAGAUGGCGGCACGCUAGCGUCUCUUCAAACCCGAGAGGAAGCUGAUCUGGUCGUGAAUCUGCUUAGUGGUAUGAAUCUGAAUUAUUGGUUUGCCUUGUGUUUACUAGAAGUCGGCGUUUAUUGUCUUUAAAGGAGCUUCGCCUGACCUCUAAAGUAAAAAAAAGUUUCUGUUUUAAAAAGACGAGAAUAUUUAUCUAAAUUUGAAAGCAAAAGUAAUAUAUUAGGAGCAACUAGUUUCGUUAAAGAUACCAUGAUUCAGGCCUUUUUGUUUGUUUGUUACGUCACCGCUCAGCUCUGAACCGUUCAUAUUAAGAACAAGCAAAACAGGCAUCAGAACACCAAAAGGUAACCUGUGCAACAAGCAUUAUCUCCUUCUGCUGAAGUCAUUUACAGCUAGUUGUACUAAGAUGCAACGCUUGCCAGUUCGUAUCGACGUAGCUAGCGGUCUAAUGCUUGGGAACAGCGACCUCCUACACAGAAAAAAAAAUGACCAAAAUGACUACGACCAGGUUAUUGUUUCCUGAAUUUCAAAACCAUAAAAUAUUUUAAUUUUGUAAGUGCCGUUAAUCGGUGAAAGGUCGGAUCUUAACUUUUAACUUUUAUUUCUAAUUACAAGGGGUCCCAAAAAUUUGUUCCUCUAAUUUCAUGCACUAUAACUUUUGACCAAAACUUUAUUUUUAUAUGAAAUUACUAGAAGAUGUUUAUUUCUCUAUCAAGUACAUGUAUUUAGAAUUUCAGUAACUGGCAUGCCCUUUUUGUUUGUUAUCACAUCCUGUAGCCGUUGCGGCAUGAAGUUGGAUACAGAGUGUAGACCCACAAAUGAUCCAUUUUGAGCUUUUUUAUCACCUGUUGCGCAGGAUCCAGUUCAGCCCUCAAACAAUAUUUGGUUAGUUUACGCACCUGAAAAAAAAAUUUUGGUCAUUCAUUCAAAAAAGAUAAUCAUCCCGGCCCCCUUCCAUAGCAAGGCUUUUGCACUUCUUCACAAAUUUGAAACGAGCCGGGUGUUAAUUGGCAGACUAAGCAGAGGUAUUUUUUUACCAUCUCAGGGGCCUCUAAUUUUAAACAUUUUAAACAGCUUUUCAUGACCCUUUUAUUUGGCUUGCUAACUAUGUGAGAUUGAGCUUCCUUGCCGAGAAAUUCGGGCUAUGAAAUACAAAACAUUUGUGGCUGAAAAAUAUACUCGCGCACGCGCACCUUUGGCGCAGACGUGCACAAAUCGAAUAUUCGAGACAAACAAUGGCACAACAAGUAUGAAAAUAGUGAAUUAUAUUGAAAGACACAACUUUUGUUGAAAUGAUUUGCUUACCAAGUCCAAUCGUACUGAAAUACAGACUUAUAAAUUAGAGGAAAGAACUUUUGGGACACCCUGUGCAGCGGUUGAAGGUCUCACUCAAGCAAUACUUCCUUUUUUUUUUAAAUUAAACUUUUGUUUUUCGUUAGACCACGACAUCUCGGAAGCUUGGAUUGGACUGCAUGACCAUUCAAGUGAGGGUCGGUAUGUGUGGGUUGAUGGAUCCACAAUCCCCUUUUCUGAGUGGUUGCCAGGGGAACCUGACGGCAAUGAAGAUGAAAACUGUAUCGUUCAGGCAAGGGGGCAACACUCGCCGGGCUGGGGGGACAGACACUGUCUUGAUCCAAAGCCUUUUGUCUGUGAGGUACCAAUACCGGGUAAGUAGAACGCAUGUAAAAACGUUAUGAUGCAGUUAUGUUACGUUAUGAUGAAUCUCCAAAGGAGAGUUCCUCGAGCCAGAGGUCACUUGAAAUGUUAUAUAACACAGCUCAAUGCAAGGUUUGUUCCAACGUUUGCUCUUCUGGAGUGACUACUAAACAAUAGGUUUUCCAGUGAGCAAUAGCCCAAUGCCUAAAGCAAGCUUUAUUAUUAAGCGAGUAUUCAUAUACAUAGGCUAUGAUGUUACAACUUUCAGGUUUGUAGUACGCCGACGCCCGAUGAACACAUGACAAAAGGAUGAAAAGUGUUGUCUUUUCUAGGCUGUUUGUGAGCUUCUUCUGCUAACAUUCCCUUGCUACAAAAAUAUGGAGAUUCCAUCUGUCAAUUAUAAAGUAUUUGUCAUUUUCUGUUCCUGCAGGUUUUACCACAUACAAAUUGACUUUUCACUUAACAGAAGAACUAACUAAUUAUCAGAAUGUCAUGCACCCGAUGGCUGCGUACCCUGAAUACUACACGUGCACACCUUACAUUCAAAGCCUUAACGAUCUGCUGAGAGAGAGGGUAGGUCAUUGCACAUCGUAAUCCUCGUAAGUCGCUAAAUUUAAGAUUUAGUCAUAUUUUUUACUUACGCUAUGGAUGUAUAAAGAGGACGUUUAUUGACAAUGUUAUGUUAAUCAUUUUAGGCCCAGCUCAGACGCCGAACCUUGACCAUUAUUUAGACCCGCUGAAUUGAUUCAGACGCCGAUCUUAAUUGACGCUGAACUAAAAACAAAAGGCAAAAAAAUGCUCAUUUCGUUCAAACUGCUUACAAAAUACGUUAUAAUAAUUUAUGCAUUAGGUUCGGUACAUGAAAAGUUCGGCGUCUGAAACAAAGCCGUUCUAAAGUCGUUCCAAAGGCAGAAUUCCCGGCCGGGUUAGGCGAAAAGAACGGCUGAGCCGUUCCAAAUUGAAACAGGCAUUCCUAAUUGAUUCAGACGCCGAUCAUAAACUUCAUUAAAUGUUUUACGUUCGGCUCAUGAAAAGUUCGGCGUCUGAACCGGGCCUUACAAAGAUAUCGUGAGGGUGUAGGUAAGGGACUGAAGUCUGUGCUGAAACAAAAAACUGGUAUAAUUCAGUGUUAAUGAGCAAAUCAAUUUAUGCUAUCCUGGACUAAAAUGUAAUCAGUUUUAAGAAAGAUGGGUUUUAAGUGGCGUUAUUUUUUUUAGCCUUAUUGCAUACUUAGAUGAAAUACCGGAUUCUUAACCUAAUUUGUUGAUAAAAUAUUCCUUCCUUUUUUUCAGAUAGCUCAUUUUUUUGAAGUAAGAAAGAUAUUAGUCGUGCCUGUAGUGAACACAAUCAAGUAAGUAACAACGGUGAUUGAUCACUUCAGGAGCCGGCUCCUGACACUUUUAUCAGUUGAUGAGACAACGUUUUUGAAAGUUGCUAAAAAGGAAUUUAACUUCAUGUGAAAUCCACCUGGUUAAAAGACACUAAAGAAGGGCAGUGGAAGUUGGCUGCAGUUGAAUUAAGGUUAACCAUUCAAGUAAUAAAUAAAUAAAAUAAAUAAUUAUUUGGAGGUAGCACAUCCACAAAGUGGUUCUUCGUCUACCUGAUUCCUGGUCGAAUUGGAAUUUGGAAAUGUUAGUUUCUGAGGAGAGGGGAAAACCGGAGUCCCUCGAGAAAAACCUCUCGAGCAAAGUAGAGAACCAACAACAAACUCGACCAAAAUAUGGCGUCGACGCCGGGAUUUGAACCCGGGUCGCACUGGCGGGAGGCGAGCGCUCUCAGCACUGCGCCACCCCUUGCUCCCCAGACCCCUCUACGGUCUGAAGCUUUAUCCUGAGUCGCCAGGGAAGGCGGGAAAGGGGUGGAGUCAUAGUUUCAACUAUUCUCCUCCCGCUUAUGAUUCUAAAAGCAACUACUUUGUACGAGGCGGUGAUUUGCAAAUUUCCUUUAGAAAUUGUGGUAAUGUUGUAUACGAUCAUUUCAUGGUAAGAGUCCCAGUUCAAGGCUCUUGUAAAAUAACCUAAAUUUAUGACCUUAUGGCUUCAUAAAGAAGUUUCCGUACACCCUGAACUCACUGAAAUCAUUCUAAUUUUUUUUAUGUAGAUGCAUGCCAAAUGGCGAGUCAAACGUUGAGGUAAUUUUGAGGCUUGGUCCUGGUGUAAGCUCAGAAUCUAUCCACGCCCUGCGAAACAAAAUGAAAAUGAAUGACGGUGAACUUGAGCUGUCCAACCGAGCUACCGUUAGACUUACCGCUAUAGAAAUUGUCAAACCAGGUAAGUUAACUCAUGGCAUUUACUUUUCAGUACUAAAUUAGCAGGUGUAUGUUAUAUUUAUCAUGUCAAGAACGGCAAGAAGAAAUCUUAGCUUCCUACCACCCAAUCGAUUUGGAUCAUCGGCCCCCAGAAACUGGAAAUUGUGAACAAACAAUAUGUAACAAUUUUUUGCCAAUGAAAUAAAAGAAUUGAUUUGUUUCCUUUUCUUGGUGAUUAAACUCCUGGGGAAAAGUCUUCUAUUCAUAUGCCGAAGAGAACGAUGCUCUUGAAUAAAAUGUGUCAGUACUUCUUGUUGAAAGAACGUCGUAAGCUCUCGAGGGCUAGCCCCCAGGAUAACUUUUAAGACUUAAUUCAAUCUCAAUCACCAAUUGCAAUUAGGCUAGUCAGUACUAAGUACCAAGAAAAGCUCAAAGAAUCUAUGUUCAUAAAAUGGGAAAAACCCGACCUCAACCAGCAGGUGAAAAACAUAAACUUGACUCUCUCCCUGUAAGUAGCUGAGCGUCACUAAUUUUAAACUUUUCAGUAGGCAAUAUUGCCAACGCAAAGUAACGAACUUUGUAACAUCGCGAACGAUUUGAAUUCAAGGACGAUUUCAAGAUAUGUAACACUGAAGAUGACAGAUGUACCGUCGAAACAUGUCUGGUAAAUUAACGAAAGUUGUUAUGUUUAUGCGACUAGUCACUGUGAAGUAAGCUCCAAGGCUACCUACUUUUAAAUGGUCUUACAAGUCACAGUCUUUUAAACACUCUGUUUGUACAUUUGAAUUAUUUCAGGUAUAUCAUACUGCCCAGUUCAUUGCGCCGGCUCAGCAUGUCACGCGGGCUGUGACGCGCACUGCUGUUCGAACGCUGCAGCCCAUUACCCAGCGCCGUCGGCCUAUCAUCCUGUUCCAAUUUACCCUGAAAACAACCCGUGGCAUUGUCCUGUUUCCUGUACAAGCAACCUUGCCUAUUGCCCGCCAUAUUGUCCUCCCAUUUGCUGCAAGAGACGGUUACGAGUGAAAACACACUAACUAUAAGAUUACUUUACUGCUGUACGCAAUUUGACUGUUAUACGUAGGCGAUCUUCCAAGACUUGUGCAGUAACCCUAGUUGAACUGAACUGAACUCAAUUUGGGCCUGGGUGGCCAGCUAAAAGUGAUGGCCAAGCUGCAGCAAGACGGAAGAUUAAACAAAAGGGGUCUUCGAUGGAAGAAUAGUCAAACCUGUAGAAAAUAUAAGGCAACUGAAAAAUGUUUGGAAAUUGUCCGGUGACCGUAAUGUGGAGGGUCACCGCUAUAGACAGGGCCGUUAUAUACAGGUUUGACUGUACAAACCGAAUUGGAGUAAACUGUAACCAUUAUAUUGGUAACAGUCUUCAAAGGAUUGACGAUUCUGCAGAUGAAGUCACCUUAUGUCUUUGUUAUAAAGUACAUGAAAGAAUUCAAUGUCUUGUUUUGUUGAAUGUUAGAGUAGAAGUAAUCGUAAAAGCUUUACUGAACAUAGACGAUAGAGUUCACAGACUGACUAUGUAUUCCUUUGUACAGUGAUUAGCAUAUUUACAAGUGGGAGAAAAUAAAAUGCCUGCUUCAACUGACUUGAGUGUUUGUGUAUUUCAUUGAAACUGUGGUUUCAAUAGUGGUAUUUUGGAAGGCACGCGCAUAGAGUUAAAUCACUGUACACUAAUGCGUGAACUUCUUUUAAGUCCAUACUUUUUCUACUGAUUUCACGGAGAUGAGAAUGAUGUCUCGUUCUCUUGCCAACUUGGAAGCAGCUAAAAGAUCUCCACUCUCGAUGUCGUUGUUGCAGGUUGUAGUUCUCUGGUAACAUGACACCUCAGUUCGUCUUUUAACUCAACAGUUGUGCAGGUACUUAAACACUUUGUGAAUCGACCACUGCUGAUUCUUACUUUCAUAUCAGAGCACUGGAACUUUUCAAACAAGAAAUUCAUCUAUCAAAGACGAAUUUCAAGUAGAUAGAUUCAUCUUUUCCAUAGUCGAAAAAAGUCCAGUUUAGAGAAUACAUUGAGGCCUAUAAUAUAAAUGUGUCAUUCUUAAACAGUUAAUAUGAGGACAAAGAGUGCAGGUGGAAAACACGUACCUUAAGGAGUCUUUGUUAUCUAUUAUUUCUUUAGACUGUUCUAAAUGUUGAAAGCCUCCUUCGAAAUGAAUUUGAAAUCUUUAAGAAGUGUAAAUUUGGGAUGACGUUUUAUGAGUUGAAUUCACACUGUUUACUGACGAAGUCCCAGUUGUUUUAAUUUUAAUUUGUUUUAAUUUUAAUUUGGUAAUAUUACCAUUAUUAGUUUGUGUCACUUAGGAAUAAACAUUAUAUGGUAGGUUAUAAACAAAAGUUAAAAUAUAAUUUUAGUUGAUAAUCUUUUUUCAAACCUGCUUUACCCAAGCAGUUUUUUCCAUGCCUUCAAAGGCAUUACUUGGUUUCAAUAACUUGUUUUCAGCCUGACUUUAGAGUCUUUCCCCCCACUAAUUACACAUUACCCGUUACUAAUUACACAUUUUUCCCAUUUCUCUGCGAUUCGUAAUAAUUCAGUCGACUUCCAGAUUAAUUAGUGUCUUGUCGGCAGCCAUUGGACUUGCACGCUAAAUUCUAUCAGUUGGGCUACUGUUGGGAGGUUUGCUGGCCAAAUAUACAAUAUCGUAGUCGUUUUAUUAGAAACGCUUGAAGAAUGGGACCUUCCUUCCCUCCCUAUGUAGUAUUUCUGGCAGUGAUACUUACAGGUAACAGCUUUUUUACUCUGUAGGUGUCUAAAACAGUGGUUAGGCUACUUGACCCCACAACUCGAUAUCAGUUUCGGAAUUCUCACUGACUCGUCACUUUUUCUGAGCUAUUUGCCUGUUUGAAAUACAUGUAGCUAGAGAAGUCUAAUCAGUAGAUCUUUGGAGCGGUUCCUCUAGAUACACGCGUGAGAGAGUUAAUUGAGUGAGCGUAGUUACAUCUUUAAUUUUGGUUCGUUGAGGGUUGUGAUAAAAUAAUACUGCUUUUCUCUGCGGAGAAAUCGUCCAGAGCAGUGCGUACUGCUGCCGCUAAGGCGUUAGAUUCAGUUUUCAUAUCUUACUUAAAGUUAAUCAAACCGGAAAUGAAUUAUUGCAGGGGAGGUGGGGGGGCACCUCUGUAAACCGCUAGUAGUGUUCGUUUAAGAGCAGCUUAAGCUCAUUUUUGUGUCUUAUUAAUCCGGGUGUAGUUAUCGGGAGAUCAGGUAGUUAUAAUUACAAUGAAGUUCUUUGGCAAAUGGUGGCCAUGUUUAUUAAGAAACCCGAAACACUAGAAAAAUUCUUUUGUGUUUGCAACUUUAAUCUUUAGUAUUGUAUUUCUUGAGUUAUUGUGUCAAUAUUCAUUUUUAUCCUAGAAUUCUUAAAUUUUGUGCCUUCUUCAACAACCUUUUUAAUGCCAUUUUGAUGGACAUGUUACAUUUUUUUAAGAAUUCACUGACGAUACCUGUACUGAAAUGUUAUCGAUGCUCUAAUUAAUUUCCCUGUUGCUUGUUUAAACUGUUAAACCUAAUUUGUCCCGUCUAUGGUUAAGGGCAAAAAUUAUGUUGGGUUUUGAUGGCUGGAAAUGAACCCAUUUUUGAGACCCUGGAAUCUCUAGCUUUCAUUAGGUCUUCCGGAAUAAAUUUUGCCUUGAAAAGAGUAUCAAAUGGUAGACAGCGAAGUGACAGUUUUCUGCCCCUAUAUGUUGCCUCCAGUUUAAUCAACUUGUUUUUAAUUUAAUGUCCAUAAUUUAUCUGCCAGAAAGGGAGAACAGAUUUGUUAAUAGCAUCAAGGAGUUUGAGAUACAGAACGGCGACGACAGCGAAAACGUUACUUAAAAAGUAAUUUCGCUUUCUUACAACCUUUCUAGCUAUUUAUUCAAUGCAAUCGAUUUUUCAAACAUCAGUGUAGCCGAAUUCUAUUUGAGCACAAGGCCAAUUACUAGUGACAUCAUUUUACUACUGGUACCGGAACCCAGGGUUUUGCCUGGUUGUGCAAAUUAGGGCUUUUGCGAUAAGUAUAGGUAAUAGUAUGAUUUGAAAUGAUAUUGGUAUAAAUACCAACGGUGAUGUUUCGAAAUUGUUAUACGUAAUUUGAGCUUUAAUAAACAUAGAAAUUGUUAUACGUAAUUUGAGACAAUUUUGAAAUAUCACGAGUGUUAUUUAUGCCAAAUAUCUCGCGAAUCAUGCUAUUAUUUGUUUAUACUACUACCCGCAAAAGGUUUGUAAUUUUCACUUGUAGGUAUUUCAAAUUAAGCUGAAAUACCACUGCACUAAGCCAAUCAAAUUGAAGAAAUUUCUCAUGUAGUAGAAUAACAACCGAAAUUUUUCAUAAAAGGAAAUAUAAAAUGGAUUCUAGUACUGAGUAGUGAAAUGACGCCAUCGUGAAAAAUAGGCUAUUGGAUUAUAUCAAGACCGUAUCUAAGUUCAAAGAGAGAAAAAAAGAAUUGGACGUUUAAGUUAACGUACGUCCUCCACGAAAAAGUCGGAUAGCAUCGGGAAACUCCACCAGCGUAGUCCUGCCAUGAGGCAAAGAAAUAAACCAGAAGUUUCAUUCACGUGCACUUUAUUGCGUUAUAACUCCCUAAAUUCAGGGCACCCAACGACAAUUUUCGGGAAAAUAUCUGUUCGGAGGGCGAUUUGAGAUCUAGAAUUUUCGGAACAUUUGUGUAAAAUUUCUUGCUUGCUUGCCUCUCCUAGGAUUUUCGAACAUCUAAAAAAAGGUAAAAUUGCCGAUCUUCAACGAAUUUUUAUUCUAAAAAGGUCACCUAGAAUUUUCGGGAGCCCUUUUUCUGGCUGAAAUUUUCGAACAGGUAAGUUUUGAUCCCUAUAAUUUUCGGAUCACUAGACUUUCAGCUAGGAAAUCCGAACAGAUGAAAAAUUUAUAGGGGAUAAAAAUAUGCCCAUAUCCACCGUUUAAAUACUAAAACACGUUUAACAAUGCUGUGUUUAAGUGGUUUUGAACUAUAUUCUCUUUGGGUGCCCCCGUAAAUUCACCCCGUUUUCGAUAUUACUAGUUACUGUGGACAUGUACAGGGAGAACCGAAGUGACAGCCGCCAGAUUUUUGUUUGUAAUGUUAAAUGUUUCUUAGCCAUUUUUUUUUUCUAGCAGGGAAAUGUGCGAAAGAACUCAACCACAAAAUUUGGAGGGAACGGAUAGCAAUCCAACGAAGAUCAGCUCUUGAUGGUAAGUUGUCAGUUAUCUACGGUUAACUGACGAGGGACUAGUUUAGCCUAGGGACCAGCGUACCAUACUCGCUAUCCAAUCGGGAGUUGGAUUCCGGUUUGACCAAUAGCAAGAUUUUUUUCUUGGAACCCUAGGCCAAAACUUUAAAUAAUCUUAACUGUUCUGCCUUCUGCCUGUUGGAGUUUUAAAUGUGUGUCUUUACUAUGUUACGUUCAAUUUAGAUUAACGGUUUCUGAUUGUUUCGGUCAAGUACCUCGUAAGGGUUGCAUACAAGGUUACAAUCACAGUAGAAAUUGUUGAAAACGUUCCCAAUUUUAUCUCUCUUUUGCUUUUCCCCUCUUCCUUCUGGUUCAGCAAGGUACACUAAAGUGAAAUUUUUUAGUUCUUCUGUUAUAUCUCAUUUGGCGAGGAUGUUGAUAUUAAAAAGAAGCUAACUUUACUUUAAUGAAGACGGCAGUUUUUUUCCUUUUGCUAAAUACCUCCCAAAUAACGCUUUUUCCUUUAGCUUAAUCCCCCCAUACUCACUAGUCAACGCUGGGUUAUAACAAAACAUUUUUAUAGACAUUAACAGCCGGCUGCAUGAAAUUGAGCAAUGAUGUUCAUCACCUUUUCAAUGCAUAUAUUCCUUAAUACGCAAUAAUUAUAUUUAUUUAUUUAUUGAAAUUAAAAGGCAAAUGAUGAAGGAUCACCAACGUCUACACCAGAAGUCCCCAAAGGACAAGAUUUCCAUCUGUCCACCAUCCCAUUGAGGAAACUUUUUAAACAAUAUCUCUUUUUACGACUUCACAAAUAGAUCAAGCUUUUUUUCACUUUUAAAAUAUCUUGCAAAGGGUUUCGGUGUCUAGAAAGAGACCUCACUGCUGAAUAUGGAUGGGACCCCUUGCAUUAUUUAUAUGACGAUAAACCUCAUUGCAUCUGCGCACUAGCUAUAGUUGACGUUCUUUAUUUCUUCGCCCGUAGGUGGCUGUAAAGGUAUGUUUUCUACCGCUUCUCACUGUUGGUCAUUUGAUGAAGCUCAGAAUAACAAGACGCCUGAUAAAAAAGGUGGUUCCCCCGCUAUACUACAGGUACAACUGCAUUAACUAGAAAUACGUGUAUCGAAGAACCUCGCAAAACUCGGGGUAACAGCCCGUAAAAAGUCAGGGAUGAAGGGGUCGGGGGGGGGAGGGUAGGAGAGAAACAGAGUCAAUUGUGUAACUGAGGGUGACAGGUUUCAAAACCCGCUAUACUACAGGUACAAUUGUAUUAAUUACAUAAGGAAUUCAACAAAAAAAUAACAACAAAAACUGGCUUUUUAUGAGGAUCCCCAGUAGGGUUAUUCAGUUCCGUCAUUCCCUCCGCGAUCUAAAUUUUGGCGUCAUCCCCAAUCCCAAUGGUAACUUCUAUUUUCGGCGUUCCCAUCCCCAUCCCGGGGAGGGAAUCCGCAUAUGAAAAGGGUGGGGAUGCUCGUCGGAAAUUUUGAAUUAAACCCUUAAAGGAGACCGAUCUGGGCGUGGCCCAAGCUUUUUUUGACCCCCAAAAGAGACCAUGUUAAAACACAGACAAUAGAUGUAUAUUUUUAUAUUUUUUGGCGUGCAACCCUAAACGAGACCUUCACGACUAAAUAUGAUGGCGUUUUGCCCAGAACACCCUAAAUGAGACCAAAAUCCGAAAUUUACACCCCUAAGCGAGACGACAAGCAUCCCACCCCUUUCAUAUGCCGAGUUCCCCCCGAGCAUCCCGCAUCCAAUUUAUCCAUUCAAUCCCGAACCUCGCCCUCAUUUUACUUUAAGACCUUCAAUGAAGGCAAAUCCCGGAUCCCGAAAACCUACUGGAGAUCAUCUCUCAUACAUGACUUAAGUGCUUGGGAAUUUCUACCAGCACUCGAGAAAAGGUCCGAGCGACUGCAGGUGUUUUCUUUUUGAAGCGGAACGUAUAAUCCAAUACACUCGUUGCGCUUCUCGAGGCAUUUAUUUGAUAGUAAAAGUUAAGUUAGGCAUCUUGUUUUAUUAUGUGAUUUAGAUAAUUCUCAUUCCACUAUAUUAUUACGUAAUAUACCUUUAGAAUGGCGCCAGAAUUGCUGACUCUUUAGCAAGAGGAAAGGUAGCGUCAACUAUCAAGGAGGGCAGUUGGAUUGACUUGGGAAAUUUUGAAGGUGAAAGGUCCUUUCCAUUUUAUCAACUAGUUGGCAAUAUAUUAAGCAGUGACGUCAAAUAUGAUUGCGCAUCAAGCUACGAAGCCCUUUGCCCUUUGAUAAAGUGACCUGGUUUGGGGAUUUUCUAAAAUGGGUUAAUAUUAUUAAAGAGCAGGGGGUGGGGGAGGUAACUCUAUUGUUUUCCACCUAAGUUUCUUGACCCACUCCGCCUGCCAGUAUGACGUCACAUAGUAACGGGCAAGAGCCUCGCGUCGCUUGUGCAAAUUAGCAAGGGAUACGACAGUUAUUUGGACGAGCGAGGUCGAGGAAAAGCUGCUAGCAAAUAUCGCUACUGAUAUAUCGCUUAUUUGAUCGAAUGUGUGUGAGCUUUGGUGUUGCUAUAAUCUGCUUGUGUAAACCGUUUGGAUAUUUUGUGUCCGUGAUUUUAUAAUUUUGUUUAUUUGUUUUGCGGGCCGUGUUGCGGGAAGGUCAUCAAAACUUAAAUCUUUUUUUCUCUAGAAUAGGCAAGGUCUAGUCUCCAGAAUAGGAGGUUCCAUUCACAGAUCACACAAGUUUAUAUUUCAUCUAUUCUUUUGCUAAUUAAACGGGCCUAACUUCAUAUCAUUCUUUCCGAGUGUGGGCCUCUGUUGAUCUCCUAAUUCCCCACCAAAUUCAGUAAAGCUAGUUCAAUCGAUUAUCUACAUCGAGUCGGUCCGUUGAACCCGAAAUAAUGCGAAAUAGCUUUGAAAAAGUGCUUGAACUAAUUUUCGUCAAAUGUAUAUUUGAAUUCAUGAUAAAUACAGCUCCACCACCUUCAAACAGCGUCUAUGGCAGAGAAAAAUUGUUUUGAUAUGACAAAAUUACUUUUUGAACUCACGUGUGUCACUGUGGCGCAGUGGUCAAGAAGUUGUUUUGAAUGUGCAGACAAACCGGGUUCGACUCCCGGCGACGCUGUUUUCUGUUUCUUUGUAUCGUUUUUUUUUUUGUUUGGUCUCUUUUUUUUAACACUAUUUUCCCUUCUUCAUUCUUACUGCUGACCCUGCUGGUCAUGCACUUGGAUCAAUAUAUAUUUUAAGCUUAAGUCGGGAGUUUUUUGUAAAAGGGAUUUCAAAAGCUCUUCAUCUGCAUAUUUCAUGGCCAAGCUUACGACCAGAAAAAAAACCAUAAGCUGUCAAGACAUGUCCCUCCUCUGAAACAGCUGAAUUGUUUUCAGCGUUAGUUGACAUCAUGACAAACAACACACAGUACACCACAAACUGUACUAAUUUACACCCAACACCUACCAGUGACCCACUGGCGAAAGGUAAACUUGCCUCUUGUACAUCGUCUUAAUCAUCAAUAUUAUUACCCUAAAAUCUCCAUUGGGUUUGCCCCCAAAAAAUAAUUAAACGAAACCUUUUAUUGGUUUUCGGGAUUUAAUUACAGAAUUACAGGUGUAUGCCCGAUACAGUAUAAAAAUGCUGUAAAGCAACAAGAUUCAACGCUCACAGUCUCUCACAAACGCCUAUCAUUUAGCUUCCUCUUUCAACGCCACAGCUAAGCGAACUUUGAGAGGAAUGAUAUGGGGUUCCACUGGCUUUGAAGAGCUGAAAAUACGCACAAUGUGAAGUGUAAUACAUCCUUUGAUGAACCUCUUAUUGCUGUGUCUAAACUCCUCAAUUUUGCUGUGCCCUGGCCCUCAAAAGUGUGACCGGUCGGUAUGAUUGCCCGUAAAAUUUGCUUGACGAUAGAAACGAAUCUUUAAAAUUCAUUACACCACUGGACAUUUCAUUCCAAAAAAGUACUUAAGUCUAGUUUUCUAUGACAAUAGAAACCUUAAAAUCUCCAAAUCCAAGAAAUCGGAACAUUAUUUCCGUGAUAAAAUCGAAAUUUUUAUCCGUCUCCUCGAUGAACACCUUGCUCGCCAUUUUGAAAGCUACUGACGCGAAUUGAAUUUUUGCUAUUAAAGGGAAAGCGAAGUGAAAAUAAACUGAGUUCUCGCAAAGCGAGGCUGCUGCCUUCAGCAGCACGAUGUUCGGCAUGGGUUUUCUAUUUAGCUUAAUGGCUUAGAGUGCUCAAGCAGUGUCUGAUGGAAGCGUAUAUUUUUUUAAAUAUCUUUCUGUGCUAUUUUAUUUUGAAGGAAAAUGCAUCAGUGAUCCUGAUAAGUGUACUGAUGGCAUUACAAUGAUGUUCUGGGCAAAAAUCGAAAGGAUGAACGUGUUUCCAGACCCUUCAGUACCUAAAUUUAUCUUCUCCAGCGGCGGAUCGGAUCAUAAUUCCCGAGGAUUUUCGUUCUUCCACCAAAACGGCAUGUACGUGCUAGAAGUGGCGAACAGUCUGAAGAAAUGGAGGAAAUCAAUCUUACACACAAAAAUACCUUACAACUCCUGGUUUUCAUUCGCUUUUACUUGGGAUAAAGGCAGGUGUCUUUCAUUUCACAAUAAGACUUACGCAUUCAAAAAUUGCGAUAUGCGGAUUAACCUACUUCUUCACAACUAGAGCCCCUCGUGGUGUCCUCCACUCCAGAAACUCUAGGAGGAAUGAGAACAAGCUUUAGGCGCGGUGAUUUCAGGGAUCGUUUGCCUGGGUGGACAAGCGUCAAUUAUGAUUUAUGUAACAUGUAUUCAAAGCAACUAUUAACCAAUCAUAUGUAAUGUGUCUCCGCCCAAUAGGGUCCUAGAAAUCAUUGCGCCGACCCAUUCCUCUUAUAGAAAUGGGGUAUUGUAACGAACGUGACCAAUACAAAUGAUGGGCCCCUGGGAUGUAAAUGGUCAUUUCAUUGACUUACAAAUAGAUGUGGAGAGAACGAUACAGUUAAACUACCUGAUUUAUACUACCGAAUUCGUAUUUUUCUUUCAGAAAACGGGCUAACGUAUUUUGUCAACGGAAGAAAGGAAAGUUUCAAAGUUCAACCUACCGAUCUUGCGUUACCCAGGGCAAAUAAUAUUCACGAGUUCACUAUUAGUAAGCCAAACAACAACAACGACGCGAAGAAACACAUGUUGCCAAUGAAGAUUGAUAAGUUCGUCACGUGGCCGAGAGUUCUAGAACCAAACGAGAUUAGAGAGGCUUUCAUUGAAGGUAGAUUAUUUACUUACAUGCCGAACAAUAAUAAGCUUGUACGAAUCAUUUAUUUUCAAGUAUUAAAAAAAUUAAAUUUACUACUCUAACACAGUGAAAGCUAAAACAUCACUGAACAAGGUUAUUUUGCUUUUUUGUACCGUUAAGCGUUACAAUCGACCCUGCAACUUUACGAGAAAAAUGCCUCUAUCAUCUUUAGUUUAGAAAUAAUACUUUCCUCUGUUAAGAGCCUGUAAGAUGCUGGUGUUAUUGAAUUCUAGGUAAAAAAGGAAAUGAAAACUCAAGGACGGUAUGCGUCGUCAAAUCAAAGCAGCGUUCUGACAGCCGUAGGGUUGGAUAGAUGGACUGUAUUUGAAUUGAAUUUGCCAAAAAAUAUUAUUUUAUAGUUGCAUGUUUGUAUUUGACUUUGAAAAACGUUUUUUUGGCAGGUGGUGGGCUUCCACAUAAUGUACCAGAGGUAGCACAGAACUUGAGAGGUAAAUGAUAAAUCACAAAUAAGAGAUAACUACGUUAUCGAUGGCAAAAACUAAGGGAGAGUGUUGACCUUCCGUCAUGAACACGUACGUUUUGGAAAUCGUGCGCAUUAGGUGUGGACACAAGGCCUUGGUAUCUCUGUAUCUUGAUACUGUGCAAAAUAAUUGCCGCUCUGCUGUGUCUUUUGUAGCUUGCUUACCAAAGAACCCCUGUCUGAAUGGAGGAGCCUGUAAAAUCGAUGUCGACGAGCCAGAAGGCUACCAUUGUGACUGCCUUCCGAUGUAUGCUGGGCUCAGAUGUGAACGUGAGUACUAACAGUCAUCUAGAAAUUUUAAUAAAAAGUAUUCCAAAAAAGAAGCAAGGAAGGAUUUUUGAAUUAUUGACAUGAGAACUUAUUGUUUAUUGUUUUGUUUGCCAAAAAUUAUACAAAUCAAAUCAAAUCUAAUUACCUUAACUCUCAUGGCGAGGAAGCCCAAGAGAAGCCACCGGGCUUAUAAGGAAUGGGCUCCCUCAGUUAGAUAAUUAGAACAAAAUAUUAUCAUAAUUACACACGGGAAAAUCAAUGGCAGAGCUACAGUAAAUCUUAAUACUGCAAGUCUUAAUGGUUAGAUGAUGCUUUUGCCAUAUAUUAUUAUAUAUUAUUGACCUACCGAACACCUCGAAACUGCUUAGGUUCCACUUAUUUGCUGAUGUCACUAAUAUAUAUUGUUCACGUAAAAGACUUUAAUGAUCUUGAACUAAUCCUAAAUCAAGAGCUCCAUGCGGUGGCUGAGUGGAUGAAAUCUAAUAGACGAGCUCUGAGUACUUUGAAAACUAAUUUUGUUCUUUUUCAUCCUAAGAAACUAAAGCCAUACAAGUCAUUAAAUAUAAAAAUUGAUGGUGUGAACAUCCAAGAAGUUUCCUCUGUCAAAUACUUAGGUGUCACUUUUGACUCAAACUUGACGUGGAAAAAUCAUGUUAAUGAACUCUGCUUAAAACUAUCGAACACUGUAGGCGUAUUUUCCAAAUAAAGGUACUAUGUCAAUGUUGAAAUACUUAUUAUGCUUUACUAUUACCUAAUUUACCCCUUUCUUUCUUUUGGUAUUCAAGUUUGGGGUCCCACGUACCCAGCCUACCUAAAACCUGUAACAACUUUGCAAAACGAGUCGUCAGAAUAACGACUUCUUCCGACCUUAGAUCACAUUCUGAGCCAUUGCUGAAGUCUCUCAGACUUCUAAAAUUUUCUGAUAUAAUUCAUCUUGAAAUUCUCUCUUUUGUUUAUCAGUGGUACCAUAAACUAAGCACUUCCUGUUUUGUUAAUUAUUUUAACCCAUUAUCUUCUAUUCAUUCAAUUUUGACAUAUAAUACACUUCAAUUACAGAUUGAUAAUCUGCUUGUUAAAUCUGUUCACACCGCUCACUACGGCAUUCAUUCUCUCAGUUAGACUGGUCCAAAAUUUUGGAAUUCUUUAUCUAUUGAUGUUAAGAAAAUCAUUACAAGCCUUUUUCUAGUUUUCGUCAAUCUAUCAAGAAUUCUAUGAUUGAUGGUUAUAAUAAUAUUAUUGAUUGCUAAUGUUUUACGAUUAUAUUAUCUUUAACUACUAUUUAAUCAAUGAAGUAAUACUUUUUAUCUAAAACAACUAUUUUGUUUCUAUAUUCCUUCUACUCAUAUUCUUGUUUGGGUCACCUACAGUCGGUUAGUUCCACGAACUAUUUGUCCCAAACUCUGCACAAUGAACCUACAAUGGAAAAUUUCUUUUCCUUCACAAUUUCUCGAUUGUAAAUUUUAAAGCACUAAUUCGUAUUAAUUAUUAUUCUGUGUGAGUUUAAAGAAAAAUUGACUUGACUUGACUUGACUUGACUCGACUUGACUUGCUUAUGGUUAAAUUUUAGCUAACUACAAGGUAUUAAACUGAAAUUGCAAAACAAAGGUCCGACAAGCUUACAGCAAUGCGACAGUCUUUCUGGUUCCUCGUCUGUAUGUAUAUUAAACGAAACGCCCUUAUUAUAGGAAAUUAACGCUCCAUGAAAUUAAGGUGUUGGAAAUUAACGCGACUUAAACUAACGCGAAUUUAAUGGAAAAUGACUUUCGAAUAAAGAAAAUUAACGCGAAAGAGGAGGUAGAAUUUCAUAAAAAGGAAAUUAACGCGAUUAUCUUGGCCGAAAUCAAAGGAGAAGAUGUUGACAUCACUUCUUGACAGCGACAACGAUGAAGAUGAACUCGAAAUAUUGUUAACCUUCGCCUUAGCUUUUGUGAAAGAUGAAAAAUAAAAGGUAACUGGAAAGAAAGAAAGCUUGCAGUUAAUGUUUUUUAGGUGUCAAGAAUGUCUGGACAGGUUCCAAAAUUGGGGUUAAAAUACUGGUAAUUAAGAGCGCGGAAAUUAACGCUGUACUCAAUUAACGUCGCGGAAAUUAACGCUCAACAACGCGACUUAAAUUAACGCGAAUUUUAAUGAUUCGCGUUAAUUUCCUAUAAUAAGGUAUAUUAUUGUGGCCAAAUAGAAAUAUUGUUAUUAUUGUAAUAUUCUUGUGGCCAACUAGAAAACCCGAAAGGUUCACUUGGUCAUCGGACUCGAAUUUUAAUAUUAACUAAAUAGAAAUUUUUAUAACUGUAAACAAUGACCUAAAAAGGCUGUAACUUAGCAGCAAUUAAAAAAUUGUGAGAAAGUAAAUUGCAUUGAAUUGAAUUAAGAAGUCAUUAAUAAAUGCUAAACCAUGUUUUUAUUUCCUUUUGGAAGAAAAGAAGAAAGGGGCUGAAAAAAAAUUAUACUCAAUUUUUCAUAUUGAAGUGAACUUGUCUCGGAAAACUUUCUAAAAUAUUCGAGGCGCUUCUUUUUUGUGAUUCACUUACGUGUUAAUUUGCUUGUGACCGCCUCGCGCAAGAAAAAACUACUCUAUCAAAAUAUAAAUAAACUAAAAUUGACAAGAAUAUGCUGUGGCAGUUCAAACAGAAAAAAAGAUUUUAUAUUUACUUCAGAUUUAGGGCAGAAAAGAUGGCGCAGCGGUGAGAGCACUCGCCUUCCGCCAAUGUGGCCCGGGUUCAAAUCCCUGCAACAACGCCAUACGUGGGUGGAGUUUGAUGUUGGUUAUCUCCUUUGCUCCGAGGGGUUUAUCUCCGGGGACUCCGGUUUUCCCAUCUCCUUAACCGUUUCACUGCCAGAAAGUUUGAUAGAGUUUUGUAAGGUGACUCUAACUUUUGAGUCUGUGGACGAAAUCCUGUGAUGUGACCAUUCAAAUUAAAGCUCUCUGCCUGUACGUACACAUGGUGCUAUUUGUUUCUCAAAUUUUUAGGGAAUGAAAUUUGGAAAUUAGGUCCGAAUUUGCCUUCGGCCACAUUUGGCAGUAAAAGGGUUAACAACUCACACUUCCAAAUUCCAGUUCGAUCUGGAACACACGGGUACGUUUCAACGAGUUCUUAAGGGCUCUCUGGGUAAACAAUUACAAAUGUAAUUUAGUUACAAUUUAAACUUUGUUUUUAGAGAAACUGACUCUGUCGGAUAGUGAAGGCAGUCAAGAUACCGAUGAAAUUCAACAUGAUUCUACACCAACACCUACACCUACACCUACAGCUACACCUAGUCAAACAGCGACACCUGUCUCCACUGCUCCAACAAAGAAUGUAACUGCUUCACCAGCUCCACUAGUUCCUGCAGUUCCUGGUGAGCUUUUUUGUUUUUGAUUGCCUUUUGUUUCGCCAUCUAUUAUGGGCCAUUUUCAAGUUCCAAAAUUUUUACUUUCAAAACAAGGCCAAGUGCAAAAUCUUUCUUACUUUUCUUGUGAAAAUUAGUUUCAUAUAAUCAUUUUCUUAUUCUUUUCGAAAUGCGUUUGACCUCGGUUUGAAGCAGAGGACAUUUUCAUACACCUUCUUUCAUUCUCUCAGUUACAACUCGAAAAUGGCGUAGACCUUGUAAUGUAAUACAGGGACGUAGACUGUGCUUCGAAUACAGCCCCAAAACGUUCCCUUUGAAUUAAUAACUCUACGCUAUUAAAAAUUAAAAACUACAGGUAACAAUGGUUGCUCAGAGCACUGAAACACUCAAAAUUUCAAAAAGUUGCUAGCUGGAUUUUGCACUAGUGGUCAACACGUCCAGAAUUGUUUCAGAUCGGCGCAACUUUGACGUUGAGGAGCCAGUUGUGCUCUGAAAAAAUUUGGAAACUGCUGCGGAAAAAUAUCCUCUAACUACCCCUCCUGUGAUCCUGGGGGCUAUCUAUAUUCUAACCCCUCUUUAGUCUCCAGUCUGAUUAGAUGUUGCGACCUUAGCUUGUAAAAAUCAUACAUCCGUCUUUAAAAUGUGCGGGUAAAGGUAGUCGAUCAUCGCAAACAUGGUCGACCGGCCAAAAGUAGAAAGUCUUUCUCCUGAGGUAUCAUGAUUAAAUGAUUAUCCGUUUUCCACUUCGUUAACUAAAUUCUGCCCAUUUUCUUGUUGAGAACAAACAUCCGCUGACCUAGUCGCUGCAAUCAACCGUUUCCGAAGACUUCACUGUUCCCCAGGCGUGUUGGUUUCAGAAAAGCUAAACACGUUAGCUAACAAAUGGGCUACGACCAUUGCUGCUUUGGGAGAAGCGAAGAAAGACAACAGCUCCACGUACGGACAACUGAUUUGCAAAUAUAGCGGAGAAGACAGUAUUGUCACCGCAUGCGUCAGCAAGUGGUAUAGCUGCAUCACUGACUUCGACUGGGCUGAGCCUAAGCUGUCAAACCUCUCUUCCCCUUUUACGCAGAUGGUUUGGAAGAGCAACAAACAGGUGGGAGUUGGAUUUGCAAAAGGAGAUGGUAGCGAAGUUUAUGUUGUGGUGUUACUUGAACCUGGACAAAAUGGAACUGGAAAAGUCCGAGAUAACGUUCUGCCUGCUACAGGUAAGUCGGCUGAAGAACGGGUUAAGCUAGCUUAAUCUCACGAGUUUCGCCUCCUGGUACGUCUGCACACAUUAAUCAAUUGCUUGAACGUUAUCAAGUCCACGAACGCGUCCUCAAAGCAAGCAGUGCACACUGUUGUAAUUGUUACACACCAAGAGAGCAUAAUUCCCCAUUAUUCUCUUUUGAAAACUGAAAAGUUUAAUUUCCCCUCCGGAAACCAACUCAAGAUUAAUUUCAAGGGCUUAAUUGAUCUAAAAAUAACUUUGGUGAAAUUCAGGUAUCCCAAGAGCCACAUUUUCUCUCUCUUCCAUUUAUUCGCUCUCGUUCCCGCAUCGUAAUUAGGAAGCUUAAGCAGCGACGUUUUGAGCCACGGACGUCAACCAGACCGGAAGUGGACUUUUCGCACUCUUGAGCUGUGAUUUUGAACAAAUUUUGGAUCAAAUCGUCUAUAAAAGAGUAAAGACACUUAGAAAAAAAAUUGGUAAUAGAGAAAAAGGCUCACUUCCGGUUGACUGCAUUGCUCAAAAACGUCACUGCUUCCCUCCUUUGAAUGGAUUUCUUCUAAUCUAACGUUGGUACGUUUCCAGCUUUUUUUAAACUCAUUUGUCUUACUGAGACUUACCGUCCAUAAUAUCAGAGGAAGAAUUUUUUGCUUUUUUUGUGCAUUUUUGGGAGUUGGAAUUGGAGGGAGAGUUAAAUGAGCCCUUUUGUAAAACAAUGGUACGGUGAGCGUACUACACGUGUUUGUGUCCAUUAGAGAGCUUUAGACUUGAGGACGAGAACGAGUACGAGUACGAGAUUAAAGUUAAAGUUUUUGCCCGUGUUCUAAAAAAAAUGACACGCCGGAAAACUUCAUUUUAUUUUUUUUUACCAAAGAAGUUAGUACGGUUAUUGAUACUGAAGGAGAUUUAGCCUCUCCCAAUUUUGAUAACUUGUUCCCGCCACUACGACAUUCUUGCUAAAACUCGUAGUAGAAUGACGACGGCUAUCGCGUUUUCCUGCCAUAAUGACGCUGGUUCACGCGUGAGCAAUACUCAGUAUUGAGAAAAUCUCGUACUCGUAGUCGUCCUCGACUCAGAAUCUAAGGCUAUCUAUAACUGCUUUUUGAAUACAAGUUUUUUCUGUCAGUCCCUAAAUCCUUUUUGAACCGUUUUUCGCAGGAAUAUCACAACCAGCUCCUGAAGGUUGGUAUUGUAUCACUAUAUAACAUACUUUUUUGUUAAAUUAUUUUCAGAAAAAGACCACAGAAGGUUAAAAUAAAAAGAAUCCUGAACAUAACAAAUAUGAUAUAUUCUUGAUUUUUGAAAUUGUCAUGUGCUUCGCGUAUUUUUUAAAAUGUCCAUUUAACUGAGCUCGCUUUACUCAUCAUAGCAUUAGGUCUAUGAUCAGGCAAUGACCUUCAUAUUGAACUACAUAAAAAAAAAUCAGAAAAACUGCAGGUUGUUAUUUCUUACACAUUCUUCCUUGAGCUUUGCUGUAUUUGAUCUAGAAACUAGACUUUUUUCAAAUAGUAUUAACUAGGUUUUAAAAGAUUAAAUUUAGUGAAGGAUAGCAAGCUUUUUAUAAGCUCUAAAGUCACUUAUCUAGUUGUUUCCUUAAUAAAUACCAAAGCCAUAAAGUAGCUAUAGACACUCUCAUCGUCCCAUUUUGGUUCUCUCUCUUUUUCUUUUUAAAAGCUACUUGUCCAGAAGGCUUUUCUGCGAUGUUGGGCGGUCGAUCGUGUUUUUCUGUUGUGAAUACCCCACGUUGCUGGUAUGACGCACUCAUGAGCUGUGUGAAGAAAAAUGGAACACUAGCCUCUAUUGAAAGUAGAGAUGAAGAAUUUUUUGUAGUGGACUUGCUAAAAAGUAAGAAGCUUUGCAAUACGAUUGUCACCUUAUAUUUUCUUUAUUUCGUCUGUUCUACUCUCCUGAUAGAAUAAUAACCUAACAGUUUCAUUUCGUUGUAUCAUUUUCUGAUAUUUAGAGUCCAACAUAUCGGAAGCAUGGAUUGGAUUAAAAGAUGACUUAAAAGAAGCACGCUAUUUCUGGGUCGAUGGAUCCCCGAUUCCGUUUUCUGAGUGGGUGCAAGGAGAACCUAAUGGCAAUGAAAAAGAAAACUGCAUCGUGCAAACAACAGGGAACGUUCUUCCUGGAUGGGCGGAUAAAAACUGUUUUGAUCCGAAGCCUUUUAUCUGCAAGCAGCCUCUACCUGGUAAAAACAUAUAAUUCUACAUUAUUCCGGAUUCCUCAAAUAUCUUAGACCUUUUGCAUCACGAGUUUCCAGUGAGUCGCCCAUAUCUGAGUGAUCUAUAGCUGUGCCAGGCGACCGGAUAGUAGGUGGAGGGACACAAAAGGAAAUCUCCUCUUCCACUGUCUUUUUUUGUUGUUGCACAUUUUACCACGGCUCAAGUAUUCGAAUUUACGUUUCAAGCUAAGGUGGGCUGGAAGUUCGAAUCACGUUGGGAGGCUCAAAAUUUUCCUUGCUGUCAGCAUUUUCUGAAAAUAUCAUAUGAUCUCGGUAUUACUAAAAUGUAAUAGUUGAAUUGACUGACGUGCAAAAAUGGUUUAACAUACAUAAUUAUUUAUGAUCACGAAUCUGCAGGUUACACCACUUACAAGAUGCUUUUCAACUUAACGGAGGCGCCACCCAACCAGCAAAAUUUCCAAUGGCCUGCAGCCAACAUAAUGUGUACAACAACUUACGUUCAAAGUGGAAACAGUCUACUUCAACAGGCGGUAAAUUCAAUACAGUACAUCUUAAGCUUAUUGUUCUCCCAAUUAGACAAUGGAUAUUAUUAGGAAAACUAACCGGCCUGUCUGUGUACAUAGCAUGGAGAUUUAAUCAUCCAGUGCAUUCCGCUAGUAAUAUCCACUGUUUAAAUAUGUUCUUGGACCGGGACGACUUCGCCACUCGCAGUCGGCUAGAUUAUCUAAUAUCUAUAAGUAGGCCGGGUCGAUUCGAAAGAUUAUUUGGAAAGCGAGCAUUAAGAAAGGAAAUAUGAGCAAAAAUAUGUAAGGUGUAAGAAAUACACGGCAAUAUUUAACAAAAUUCAAUUCUCCAAUAAAACUGUCCAAGCCUAAUGAACCCUAAUCUUAAAAAGGUUAACCAAAAGGUGCACGUAUUGCACAACGAAUAAUGUAAAUUUAUAAAACAACUAAGAUAGUACGCGCGUUCUGAUAGGUUAAAAACCUAUGGUUUUAUUGUAAACUCAUAGUUUUAGUGCAAUUUAUUUUAUAAAAGCAAUAGACCACACGUUCCGGGGUUUACCGGCGUGAUAACCCACGCGGGAUGUUGGGAGAACACGAGAAAAGCUUGUAAAGCACUUGUAAUAAUAGAAAGUGUGGCCUAUUGCUUAAAUAUAUUGUAGGAAACCCUUUUUUACUUUUGCAGAUCAUCAAUUAUUUUCAAGCUAAGUCUAUCACAGUUCAACCUACAGUGAACACUGUCAGGUAGGGACUGGCAUGCUGGAAAACUGGACAAUUAAGUUUAAGUAAAAAAAAUAAGAGAAAUGGGGGAGGGGGGAGGGGGUCUGGAAUAUCCACAUGGAAUUUGUUUAAACAAGAGGAUAUCUUGUGACAGUUACACCACAUACUAUCAAGUAUUUAGAAAUAACACUCUAUGUGUAUAAAAGACAUAUAAAUAAUUUGUUAUUUAUUAAUUUAUUUUUUGGUCAUAAAUCUUUGUCCAUGAGUUUCUCAUCUUUUCUCUUGGUAGGUAUCUUAUCUAGGUACUCUUGACCCUUAAGUGUAUAAGUCUGGUUUUCACUAGCGCAUAAGCAUAAGCAUAAGCACAAGCACAUGUGUAAGAAAGUGGAAAGCAGGUCAACAUAAGCAUAAGCAUAAGCACAAGAAAAACGUACAAGUUCGUUCUUCUUGUGGUUGUGCUUACGCUUAUGUCGUAGUUUUGACUAGUGAAAACGGGGUCGACAUAAGGCUAAGCAUUAGCACAAGGCCGUGAACCAAUCAUAGGUCACUUUGACCCAGACCUCAUGCUCACUUAUUAAAAGCAAUAAGGCAGACGCUUCGUCUGCCAUCUUCUUUAUCAUCGGGUUGAGGAGAGCUGGUAUCGAGAAUUGAGUCGAAUAUGCCAUUCUGCGCGUGUGUAUGUCCUUAUGCUUAUGCGCUAGUGAAAACCAGGCUUUAGAAAUAACAAAGAAACAAACAAACAACAAGCACUUUGCUGAACAACCCCCGUGUAAUAUGGCUUUAGAGCUGAAUCAUGUACCAAGUUUGUCAAUCAUUACAAAUGUAUGCAAAAGAAAACAACCAUUAAAACCAAUAGCCUAAAUAGCCUUUUGACAUAAGUGGGGUUCUUCUUAUAAGGCAUUGCAGUUACAUGAAUCAUUAAUCCUGAGGCAGUUCAAAUAUUUACAGAUGUAUGCCAAAUGGAGUGUCCACUGUGGAGGUUACACUGAGCCUUGGUCCAGAGGUACCCCCAGAUAUGAUUGCCUCUUUUGAAAGGGGCAUCAAAGAAAAUGGUGGAAUCAAGCUUUCCAGUGGAGGAUCUGCAAAACUUGGGUCGGUUGAGUUUGUCUGCUCAGGUAUGUGUAGUACACUGUCAAAAUAAUAACAUGUGAUAUAAACAGGUGAUAUUUGUCAUAUUAAGAAACCAUGUUUUAUUAAAUGUCCUGUACUGGUGACAUGUUGAUCACAUCAUUUAUCAUUUCACCGAGCUUAGAAUUUACCAUCGUUCAUUAUUUAUCAAUGGUUCAUUUUUAUUUCAAAAAACUCUUUCAAGUUUGUUUCCGCUUUGAUACAAUUUUUUUUGAUAUCUUAGUUUUUUUUAGAGUUCCAGGUAACAUUGCAGAAGAGCUAGUACUAAGAACACGCUUGUUAGACUUUUUCAUCAUGUUGAACUUAUCAAGACAUAUCUUCUUUAAGUCGUUAUUUCUAAAAUUUUCUGGACAUCCUAAGGGUUUAAAAGUAGGAGAAAGCUGAGGAAAAAAAAAGUACAGGUUUUGUGGGGACACUUCAGCCGCAAAACUUUAUCGGACACUAAACAAUUUAAACGAUGUGCCACUAAGAGAGUACAAACUGAUGUUAUCUUUUCAAACCUGAUAAAACCAAUUUUGUUUCAUUCUCUGAAAAUUCAUACUUAUGGGAGAAGAAGUUGUGAAUUAAAUCUGCCAAAAUGGAUAUUCGUUGCUUCAUUGACCCAUUUGCAGAUUGUGUGACCAUUCUAGAGAAGGAUUCUUCAUCCAAAUUGUUCAUAGUCAUAUUCGCAUGUUUGAAGGAUUCAUAGUGCUUUAGUUUCGCAAGCAAGCUAAAGGAAAGCGAUGGAUGGUAAAGAAAACGAUAACGAUUUGAAGCUUUAGCAGGUAAACACUUGGCGAGCGAGCAAUGACUAUCGCAAAUCUCAACCUUCGUCCUUCAUCACACUCCGAAAUGAGAAACGCAUCCAGUUCAUGCGUUCACUGGUAAAUCUGUUACAUGCACUCUUCCGAGUCAAAACUAGGUAAGCCAUGGAACCUCCUGAGAAUAUUGCGUGAUAGUCUUCCAAUAAGCGACUAAUACGUUUAACAGGUAAGCGUGCAUUCUUUAGAUUUUUUUUCACUCUUUUGCAUUAACUAUCCACUUUUCAGGCGCUUCAUCCUGCCCAAACCACUGUGGGGGUGCUUCGUGUCAACCUGGCUGCAAUCCAAGCUGCUGCACACAAUCGACAACUCAACAAUUUCCUGCACCACAACGGGCUUACCAGCCGCAACUCAGUGCUAUGACACCGUCUUUUGCAGGCGCUUCGUCCUGCCCAAACCACUGUGGGGGUGGUUCCUGUAAACCUGGCUGCAAUCCAAGCUGCUGCAAACAAUCACCAACUCAACAAUUUCCUGCACCACAACAGGCUUACCAGCCGCAACUCAAUGCUGUGGCACCGCCUUUUGCAGGCUCUUCGUCCUGCCCAAACCACUGUGGGGGCGCUUCCUGUAAACCUGGCUGCAAUCCACGGUGUUGCUCACAAUCGACAACUCAACAAUCUCCUUCAUCACAAGUUUCCUACCAGCCGAAGUCCAAUGCAAUAAAACUGCAUUUUUCAGUCACUGCGUUCUGCCCAAACAACUGUAGGGGCGCUGCAUGUCAACGUGGAUGUAAUCGACGGUGCUGUUCACAAUCGACAGCUCAACAAAUGGUCACCCAACCACAACUCAAUGCCACAAACCCGCAUUUCUCAGGCGCUUCAUCCUGCCCAACCCAUUGUCAGGGUUCUUCUUGUCAAUCGGGCUGCAAUCCAAGUUGUUGCAUGCAAUCAACAAAUCAACUAUCUCCCGCACCACAAAUGGUCACCCAGCCACAACCCAAUGCCAUGAAACCGCAUUUUUCAGGCGCUUCAUCCUGCCCAAACCAUUGUCAGGGUUCUUCUUGUCAAUCUGGCUGCAAUCCAAGCUGUUGCAUGCAAUCAACAAAUCAACAAUCUCCCGCACCACAAAUGGUCACCCUGCCACAACCCAAUGCCAUGAAACCGCAUUUUUCAGGCGCUUCAUCCUGCCCAACCCAUUGUCAGGGUUCUUCUUGUCAAUCUGGCUGCAAUCCAAGCUGUUGCAUGCAAUCAACAAAUCAACAAUCUCCCGCACCACAAAUGGUCACCCAGCCACAGCCCAAUGCCAUGAAACCGCAUUUUUCAGGCGCUUCGUCCUGCCCAAACCAUUGUCGGGGCGCUUCCUGUCAACCUCGCUGCGAUCCAAGCUGCUGCUCACAAUCGGCAAAUCAACAACUCCCUGGAUCGCAAAUGGUCAUCCAGCCACAACCUAAUGCCAUAAAACUACAUUUUUCGGGGGCUUCGUCCUGCCCGAAUCACUGUGGUGGCCCUUCGUGUCCACCUGGUUGCAAUCCAAGCUGCUGCACACAAUCGGCAAAUCAACAAUCUACUGCUCCUCGCCUGGUAACCCAGCCAAAUUCCAAUGCCAUGAACCCAGGGAAUUGUCCUUUCUCCUGUACUCGCAGCAGCAAAUACUGUCCGCCUUACUGCUCAUCCAGGUGUUGUAAGAGGCGGUCACAUAUCAGAUUACAUACGUUUUGAUGUCGGGUUUCUGUUUGUUUUUGUGGUACCUUGAGCACUGGACAACAUCAACCCAACCCAACAUCAGCAUGUCUAGUCCCUACACUAGUCACCAAACAUUUCACACAUUACUGACGAGAAGAAUUUAUUUAACAGUCAAUACCUUUUCCACUUGUUGCUCAUUUCCUUUUAUCUAAUGACCUACAUAUAUGACUGUGUUAGUAUUAGGAAUAAUUUGACGUUGAUCACUUUUGGGGGUUAAAGAGUCAACAUUUUACGAAAAAAUCAGGUUUUGUAGCAUUAGACAUUGAACUGUAAAACAUAUGGUAAAUAUAACAGAACAGUAAACCCGAUUCUCACUCUCUGUGAUUGUUGUUAUAAACUCGGUUGACAAGGCUGCUACGUCAUUCGGGACCCAACUACCACUAUUAUUUGUAUACGUGCUUAUUUUAAGAGUCCAUUUCCAAACGUUUACUGACUUAGAGUCCCUUUCCAAACGCUUUGUUGUUAGACAGUUAAUGAUGUACAGUAGCAGUCAUUGUCCAACCAGUUUAUUUAAUGUUUUAACCGGUGCUUAUUGCUCAUCAAAAGAUUUCAUAAUGGGCGGUAAUAAAUUUGUUGGUUGAAAUUUGAGUUAACAAUUUUCAGCUUAUCGUAAAUCAAAUAAAACCACCCUUCCUAGAAGCCCUUCUUCAGUAAAUAUUAAAGAAAUGGAAUGUUUCAAUCAAAUUUGUUAAGAACUCUUUACAACAGCUGUACAGUCCCCGAAGUUUCAAUAAAGUAAUAUCAAUGGUGACACAUCAUUCUUUCAUUACCUCCGCUAUUUUCCAUUUUUACCAAUUUCAGCCAAGCUCAACCACCCUUGUUUUGAAUCUUCUUCCCCCCAAAAAGGCAAAACGUACUACAAGACAACUUCAAAAAUUAGCGCAAGUUUAUUUAUUAUUUUGGCUCAAAUUCAACUGCGUAUGCAAUCGAGGUAGGAAGGUUAAAAGAAAUUUAAUAUUGCCACCAUUCUGCCACCACAGUGCUCAAUAAACCGUUUGGCAGAUUGUAUAGCAGUUUUUCGUUUUGUGUAUUUUGCGCAAACGUUACCCAAGGAUCUAUUAACAGUAAAUUGUCAUUUAUAAGCUCCCCCGGUUAUAGGCCUAUCUACUUGUAAACAAAAAACAUACAUCCGAGUGUAAGCCCUUCCGCUUAUUAUCCCUCUUCAAGGUCCGAUUUUAUGCCCCUUCUGAAGUCGAGUUAAUAGGGAGUUUAAGAUACCACGACGGCGACGGCCACGAAAACCUCGCUUGAAAAGUGAAUUUGCGUUCUUUCAAUCUCUAUCCCGAUUAGGGACUGUGCAAUAAUUACCUGGAGGCGGGUUGGAAAAUUAGAGGCGGGGUGCAUAGGAGAAAAUGACAAGAAGACAGAGGGGGGGGGGGUUAGAGGUAAAAUUUAAUAUAUACAGGUGGGGCAUUACUUUUUCAUUCCUUUUUGCAAACUGGAAAAGUAGUGGAGGAGCUAUUAAGGUUCAAAUAUAAAUAAUAACUGACAUAAAACUGAAAAAUGUAUCAACUCUAAGGUGUUACGUUCUGAUCGCUGAACUGUUGUUUUCCUAUCUGACAUGCAGUAGGAAAGGAAUGCCUCUGUUAUAUAUGUUAAAAAAGUGCUACUUUAUUUGCACUAGGAUGUAAUAAAACAGGAAACUUUAAUUAAAAGUUGCAAAAGAAGCACUACAAUGUUAUUCAAUAAAAAAGAAAGAUGCCAAUGUUAGCAUACAUGGCAUCAUAAUUUAGCAGAAUAAAAAACCCAACUGUUGAAAUUUUAAUAGCGAUACAGAUUUAAAGUAUGGUAAAUAAAACACAGUAUGAUUAAAUUUAGCUUCAAAAAAAAAAAAAAAACUCCAUCAGACAGGAAUUCCUGAGUUCUCACCCACGCACGCGGGAACCUUAGUACCAGAGAUGCUGUAGAAGAUGAGGAAUCUCCCAAUUCAUGCGAAGACGACACAAGCUCAGAGUCCAGUGAUUCUGAUGACUCUUCUAAUGACUCUUCAACAUACGUCGAAGAGUCAUUUGAAGUGAUGCUUGUACCGGAGGAAGAAAUCCAACAAGUAUAACUGGGUAUGAGGGAAUCAAUGGGAGGAGACUAUUUUCAAGAGCAAGGGGGGGAGGGGUUAGCCUUAAUAUUAUCGUUUUGUGAGGGAGGGUUGAAAUUAAUUUUUGCUUUAUGAGAGGGGGGUAUGACUUAGUUUUGGGGCAUAUUUCACCCAUUUCCCAGCCCCCCUCCAGGUAAUUAUUGCACAGUCCCUUACUCCAACUCAUUUACUUUGUCAUAAGCAAGCGAACUCUUUUUGAGCCGAAUUCCUAAGAAGCAUAUUCAGGUUCAGAAAGAGCAAGGAAAUUUAGCCGUCGCUUGUUUACGUUCUCCACGAAACGUGAAAUUAGGCAUUUUUCCAUCGGUAGUCGUGCAGUGACGGCAAAGAAAUGUAAAAAAAAAUAGCGUGAUGCGCAUGCGCAGUUGUUGUUUUGCCUAUUCAACUUAUUGCCUUUUUGACGUUCUCGUUGUCGUCGCCGUCGUGGCCUCCUAAAGUCCCAAAUAUGACGCUUCUUGAAGCUUGAUUACAAACCAGUAUAAGCAAAACGUAUUUUGGUCUUUUGAUCAGCAUUGCUAUAGCUUGUGUCGAAGCACUUUUUCUAACCGGAUAUCAGCCCUCCUACAAUCCCUUGCGAAGAUGUAUAAGUCCAGGGCAUAAGGUAUCUCAUUUCCCUUCUUGAAAUAGCCCCCUCAUCUUUAAAACGCUUGAUAUACUUGCUGUAGGUGGCAAUUUCGCUGAAAUGCAAUCUUCACCAGAACAAAGUGACAAAACAAUUUUGCCGAGACCUUUUGUCUUCUUGAUUGUGCAGUUCUGUACUUAGUAUCCUAGCCUAUGGCUGAAUGUGAGGCUUGAGGUGAUUUUGAGGUCUUAACAUUUACACAAACCAUCCAGUUGGAAUAAAAGUUUAAUUUAAAAAAAUUAAAUCUGACUUUGUUGGAGGAAGACCCGCCAGGACUUGAAAGGGAAGAACAACUGCAUCGCCUCUUAUCACGGGCUAUAUGCAAACGCGCAAGUCAUUUGAUUUUCCAACCCGAAUUCCCAGUUUUCCCACACAGUAAGCACCCCUUAUUUCGAUACAAACCUUCUUGCUCUCUCUAUGCUUUAGCCUGGUCAUGAUUUGGUUCUGGACAUGAUUUUUUAAAUACAUAACAAAACAGGAAGGGCUAGUCAAAACAAGGUAAUCCCUAGGCUCGAUUCUAACAACAACUGUCAACCACUGUGGGCUAGAGCUGACCUAAGCAAUCCAGUGCAAACAGGCGUUACUUUCUGCUUAGACCAUAAAGGUUGGAGUAAAAAGGCUGACAAAAGGGUUUUUCUAAAUACUUUCAUUGGUUGCAAAAGUUGGGCAACCGCUCCGUAGGAAACGCGUCACUUUAAUUGCGUUGUUAAAUAUCACUAAUGCUAAUUACUCAUUUUAAAAAUAAUUAAACUUAGCUGCUAUGGCAACCAUCCCUUUGACACUUUGAUUGUCCCUUUUUAAUUGAAUAAGCUUCAAGCCAUCACCUUUUUACGGUGCUAGGUCAGUACGAUAUUUUAUUCAUAACGCUUCUAAUUUUCACGUUAUCAUCAAAUUAUGGCAAGGCCAUGAUCAACUGCAAGCAAGAUAUCACGGUUAUCAGUGAUUCUAUCUUGAAAACGAGACGAAAGGGUAAGUCUAUAUUGUACUUUCCACUAACCUCGUUUUCAUGUCGUUGCCGGAUUUCAGGCUUAACCUGCCAUGGCACCAAGCGGACAUUUAUUAUGUAUUUCCAAUCAUAAUAUAGAUGUGGUUAGCUCGAAAGCUAAGCUCCUCUGACCACCGUACACUUACUAUAUAUAAUGUAAAUAAUUUAUAAAGUGUGAAUAAUAAAAUUGAAUUGAAUUGCAUUGAACCUGAAACCUGGUUGCAAUUUCCACAACGGCAUUUUUCAUUUUUCAUACCUCUGUCAAUCAUUCAUUUUCUUUUAAAUAAAUUUAGAGAUAAUGUAAAUUUCACGUAAAUCAAUGCCUGAUUCUUCAGGGUAGAUUAAACGCAUGUUUAAGAUGUACAGAAGCGACGAUCUCUUUUUCUGCCACCACUGCUGUAAUUUAAGUUAAUUGGCAUUUUUUACUACUCUUGGUCUUGCUCAAUCGUAAUUCGAUUAUGACUUCCGUCUGAGACGUACAUUAGCUUCUUGGGCUUUUAAACUCACCUUUUCCGGUAGUAUCACCGGGAUCUUCCAAGAGUAAUUCAAUGUAAUCACCAUUCUUUCUACUUUAUAAUUGUUAAGAAUCAAAAAAGAUUAUUUUUGCGGGCACGUUUAAACUUUGUCAAACGCGGCUGGAUAAACUUUUUGCUUUGUGGUCCGUUGUGGUGAGGAUGGAAGAACACUUUUUUUGAACUGAGGAAUUUAAGUUUAAGGACGAGGAGAAUCGAACGCUUACUCACUAUCUUCAUUACAGAAACUCAAUUAUUGCUCUUUUUAAUUACCUCGGCUUUGUCUCAUAUGCAAUAGGUGAAAGCUCCUUGAUUAGUAGACCUGUAAAUCAGCGGGUGACUUAGUCAGUUUUGGACAGAUAGUUAAUAUCGACAAAGUUGCCACAAGAGGUGGACACCAAUACAAAUUUAAUGCAUUUUCGUUGAUGAAGUUUACUUUCCAGGGUUAAAAUUUCCCUUCAUAACUAUAUUAUAUGACAUUGCAUUUGUUCGACACACUUUGAAUGUGACUCACAUUCCAGUCAAAGUAACAAGGCCCCUAAUAUACUGGAGUUAACUCACCAUUCCUUUAUUUAAUUCUACGCAAAACAUUUUAAUUAAACAUUGACCGCUUUAUACCCGUCAAAUUAUCUGACCUAAGCUGUUUUCAUAACAAAGGGCACUGGAAGACAUAUCAGAAGGGGACGGCCGAGGAAAACAGCAAAGAAAAUUCCGAAAUCUUAUGUAAGUAAAACUGAAUGUUUAAUUCCUAUUUCUGGCCGUCUCUGUAAUGUAUUCUUUAGAUGCAGUGCAAGUUUCUGCGAACAGUCGAGACGGUUAUUGCAGUUAUAACUGGUAAAACAAAGUUUUUGAAAAAAUAUUUUUAUCAACUUGUUGUCUAGUAAAAAUAUACUACCAGACAGGGUAUGGACAUGCGAUUGGCAAAUAUUUACGUUUUGUUUGCUAGCUGUGUUGAUACAAACUGCAGAAAUAACUCUUGAUACCCUACCCUCUAAAGGCGGGUUGUGUCAGGUCAUAAAAUAAUGACUCCUAGUUCCUUGUGGUUCUUUGAAAAAUCUAAACAUAAAAUCACCCACAAAGGUCGCAAAUUUCACAUGUCACUCACUUGAGGAGAGUGGAUUGCCCGAUAACAAUCUGAUUUUGAAGUGUGUUAUUCACGCCUAUUUUUGAGAAAAUAUUUACCGAGUUCGGAAGAGAGCGACAAUAACAAGGGCAAACAGCAGGUGGAAAUCGUAACCAGAACGUUAAUUUGAAUCUUAACGCCGGAAGAACAUUGCCUGUCGCUGCAAAUUACGUUACAUGCGAUGAAGUACUCAAAAUAAAUUCUUGAAAAUUUUAGCCUUUUCAUUUCAAUUUGAGGUUUCUAAAGGGGGUAAGGGAGGACUUAAGCUCACUUAACAAAGUAAAAUCGCUCUAGUAUAAGACUUAAUCAAUGUGAUACAUGGUAACUAAUUAUUCUCUAACACUGUAUGCUGUGUAUUUAACUAAGACAGAUGACAGGAAGUAAACCUGUGGUUGUAAAUGAUGUUAGCAGUACAUACAAAAUAUAUAGGUAAAUUAUUUUAUUCUAUUUUAGAGUUGCGUUACCUUAUAUACGUCGUGACAAUGAUCACGAGUUUAUGUCAUUUGACGAGGUUGUUGGACUCAAAAUUGUGAAUGGAACUUGA